CAGUCACUCACCAAACUCCGUGACCGGUGGUUGGUCGUUCAACAUGUGGUACUUUUAUCUUGGUGUAUUCUUCGUGUUUCUCAAGAUCUACAAUAGAUUGUCUUCAGGAAUAUGUUACUCUGACACUGUGAUGACGGGGAAAGUGGUGAUAGUUACUGGUGCGAACAGUGGUAUAGGGUUCCAGACGGCUAUGGAGAUAGCCAAGAGAGGGGCUAAGGUGAUAUUAGCGUGUAGGGAUGACGUCAAAGGGAAGCGUGCUGAAGCUUCCAUAAAGAAAGUAUCCAAGAAUAAUUUAGUUAGAUAUGAAUAUUUGGAUUUAAGCUCGCUAGCUUCUAUAAGAAAGUUCGUGGAUGAGUUUAAACAGAAAGAAGCUAAAUUGGACGUUUUGAUCAACAACGCCGGUGCUAGCGGUAUGGGUGGAAAGAAAACUGCCGAUGGUAUAGUGAGAGAUAUGCAGGUGAACCAUUUCGGGCCGUUUCUGCUGACGAUUCUUCUCGUGCCGUGGUUGAAAAAGGGUGCUCCGAGCAGGAUCGUCAACGUAUCAUCAUACUUCCACAGAUUUGGGACGAUAGAGGAUAUAAAUGAAGAAGGAAGGUAUAGUUUCUACAGGAUCUACGCCAACAGUAAAUUAUGUAACGUUUUAUUCAGCAAUGAAUUAGCUAGAAGAUUGGAAGAUACCGAUGUAGCGGUGAAUAGUUUGAACCCAGGACAGGUUAAUACAUCGUUUUAUAAGAAUGCAAAGUUCUUGGAGAAGUUGAGAAGUAUGGUGCUCUUUACGUUCUUCAAGAGUCCGUGGGAAGGUGCGCAGACGAGUAUUUUUCUGGCUAUUUCUGACGACUGUGAUUUCAUGACGGGGAAGUACUUCAUGGACUGUGAGGAGAGUAAGAUGUCGUUCAAGGCCACGGAUGAGGAGGAUGCCAUGAGGCUGUGGAAGAUGUCUGAGGAACUAGUCAAUCUGAAGCCGGAGGAAGCUAUUUGAGUUAUCUUUUGUGAUGUGAUGUAUAAAACUACUAAUACGAUAGAUAGGAUGGUGAUCGCAGGUUGGAUUAUGAUGGCACUAGAUGGCGUGCCAUCAUCCACCCCACAGUGUUAACUGUCCAUGGGUAAACCUUAUUACAAAAGGCAUAAGGCCCACCUAUGGACAGUUAAGAGUGUUGCUGUGUGUACAGUGCCUCGUACAUUAUGCAAUGAUGAAGAUAGUUAAAGGUAAAGUUUUAACAAUUGGCUACUUUCCUACUAGUCAAAUCAGCUUCUUUUUUAGAACUGGUAAAAACGAUUUGCUAAUAUGGAAUUUAUAGGAAAACGUGUGUAGUGACGUCACAGUCAACUCACCUACUUUUUAUACUUCCAUCCGAUUUAUUAAAUAGAAAUUGAGUUUAAAAAUAACUGCUAUCUGUGUUUUUCUAAUAAUGAUCUGGUGCUUUAUCUCGUGCACGGUGUGAAAUAAUUUAUUUUAAGUACAGGAAAGUACCCAAUUCAGAUAACCACAAAACGAGCUAACUAAUAGGGAUGUUUCCUGUACUUAAAAUAAAUUAUUUCAACCCGUGCACGAAAUUUAGCACCAGAUAAUUAUUAGAAAAACACAGAUAGCAGCUAUUUUUAAACACAAUUUCUAUUUAAUAAAUCGGAUUGAAAUAUAAAAAGUAGCCGAGUUUACCGUGACGUCACUACAUUCGUUUUCAUAUAAAUUCCAUAUUAGCAAAUCGUUCGACAGUUCUAAAAAAGAAGCUGAUUUGACUAGUAGGAAUGAAGCCUAUUCAGUUGUCUGACUAUAACUACGAUAGUGGUGCACUUUGUGAGUCCUAUUAUUAUUUUUUCUAUGAUUUUAUCUUGUUGAUUAUCAGAAAUAAAGAAUCAUCAAUGGAUUGUCAUGACAAGUAGAUGUAUGGGCUCAGUAGUGAGAGCUGUUUUGUAAAGUUAAUUAAUGAUCUUUUCCAUCUUGUGAGUUCUAAACUUAACAAUUAAAUGUAAGUAGAAAAAAUUGUUUCGGUAAUACUGUGUAAUGCUAUUAAAAGAUUAUCAUUUUCCAAAUUGUUAAUUAUUUAGCUGUGUGUAAGUUGCAAUAGCGAUUGCAAAUGUAAUAUAUUUAAGUAAUAAUUAUAUUAUGUACUAUUUAUUAAACCCAUUUUUAUAGAAAAUAUGAAUUUUUCUUUAAAUUUUAAUU